GCGAGGAGGCUGAAGAUCACGGCGCCGAGGGCGCUGGUGCCACGGGAGUUGCCGAGGAGACUGGAGGCGGCGAGGCUGCUGGAGAGAACGAGGAGGCUGCAGGCGGCAGCGAUAGCCUCGGCGGGGUGGCCGCAGCUGACCUCGUGGUCUUCAUGGACGGCGGCCAACCCGAGACCUACCUGGGCAACGACUUACCUGUGACGGUGAAGGGCGUCCUUGACAAGGAUGCCGAGGAGGCCAGGCGCAUAUCCUUGGAGUUGGACGCCAUGGAGCAGCAGGUCGAGGAUGCCGCCAAGAUCGCUGCAGUUCUUGCGAAUGGAAGGCCGAUCCAAGUCCAAGAUAGUCCGCAGUCGAAGAUGGCGGACGACUCCGAGGGAGGGGAAGAAUAUGAUGACGAGGACGCGGACGAGGACUGCACGAAGCAAGAGGACGAGGAUUCUUCUGAAGAGCAUGUUUCUGACGGCGAGGCGGAUCACAAGUGGGGCGGUGUUUUCAUGGACAAGGCUGAGCUUUUGACGUUUGUCGAAGAGCCCGACUGCGUUGACGACGUGGUGCCGAGGGCGGUAUGCUCGAAGGGCAAGGCCGCGAAGGGCUUUGACGCGAAGGGCAAGGGCCUUGGCGAGAAGGGCAAGGGCUGUCACCCGAAGGGCAAGGGCCUUGACGAGAAGGGCAAUGGCUUUGACGCGAAGGGCGAGGGCCUCGGCGCGAAGUGCAAGGGCUUUGACGCGAAGGGCAAGGGCCUUGACGAGAAGGGCAAGGGCUUUCACCCGAAGGGCAAGGGCCUUGACGAGAAGGGCAGGGGCCUUGACGAGAAGGGCAAGGGCAUUGACACGAAGGGCAAGGGCCUUGACGCGAAGGGCAAGGGCGUUACCGCGAAGGGGAAGGGCACCAAGGCGGAGCACGGCAUGAAGGGCAGCAGCUUCGGCGACAAGGGCCUUGGCGAGAAGGGCAAGGGCAGCGGCAGGACCAGCAACGAGAUGGUCGAGGAGGAGCUCGAGAAGAACUCGAAGGCCAUCGAGACCUUCAAG